UCAUGAGUCAAGUGGGUGUAAUAAAUCCUCUGGACAUUCUGGCCGCUAGGUUGGGCAUGUUCUCUUCGCCGGAUCUACGUAACCACUACUUGUUCAUUUAGGUUACGCAGCCUUUGCAGGUACAGCAACAAUCAGCGGAUGAAGCCAGUUCAUCGUGACUUUUAUCUCACAAAUUCGAGAUCUGGUGUUUCCUCAGCGCAUCGUGUCGUCUGAGGAAUUUUCCUCAACCGAAUCAGACGGGUUUUUUUCCUGCGCAGCAUUUUUGUGGUUGACAUUCCGUGCCAGAAUCAGUGCGUUUUAACAGUAAUACUCCUCAGUAUUACAUUCGCAUUAAAAUACAUCCUGCGGAAGAAGUUUGACAUCACAGAGGAACAACCACAUAUUUCCCUGGGAUAAUACUCUUCGAGCGACCUCUCUCUCUCCCUCUCUCUCUCUUUCUGUCCCUCCCUCUCUCACGCUCUUUACUGGCGAUUCAGAUUAUUAAGCAGUUGCCACCGAGAUGUCAGCCCCAGAAGCCACUCCAGGAGCCCCAGGGGAAGAUGGAGCCCCUCCCGCAGCCCCCAACCUGACCAGCAACCGCAGGCUGCAGCAGACGCAGGCCCAAGUCGAUGAGGUGGUGGAUAUUAUGCGUGUAAAUGUGGAUAAAGUGCUGGAGAGGGACCAGAAGCUGUCGGAGCUGGACGACCGGGCAGAUGCACUGCAGGCAGGAGCCUCACAGUUCGAAAGCAGCGCAGCCAAGCUGAAGAACAAGUACUGGUGGAAGAAUAUGAAGAUGAUGAUCAUCAUGGGUAUCAUUGGCAUCAUCCUCAUGGGAGUCCUUUUCAUGUACUUCUACUACUGAGCUGGUCUCUCUGUGGCUGAGCACAAGGUGAUCAGCGGAUCUGACGGCAGAGCCGAAGCCUUGUGUGACAUCCACUCCCCCCCCCCCCCCCCUCCUAUAAGCUCCUCUCCUCUCGUCCCUCUCUCCAAACUCUCACCGAUGCCUUCUCAUCACAACAAGCAGCGCGUGUGGAUGCGGUGCCUCCUCCCUCAUCUCUCUCUCUCUCUCUCUCUCUCAAUCUCGGUGUGACUCCCUCAAAAAAAAUGAACAAACAAAUAACCCCCUCUUUCCUCUAAAUGAUUAGUGAUGUAGUGCCCAGCCCUACAUUUCUUUUUUUAUAUAAAGUUUUGAUUUGGUAUUGUUUGGAUAGAGGAAGAUAAUGGAAACGGAUGUUAGAAGGGAAGGUCAUGCGGGAUCUCUGUACAGCUGUAGAUUUAUAGUUGUCCCCUCUCGGAAGUAUGAGGAGACAUGCCAUUGGCUCACGUGUAUGGACCUGGCCCAAUCACACAAGAGAGGGAGGGAUAAAGAGCAUUACCAGGGCAACAGACAGACAGUCAGAGCUGAGGAGGUCGAGUGAGAAUAAUGAAACCUUGAAUUUUUUUCAAGGAUUUCUUUAGCCAAAGCAUACUCUCUAAUGGGUGCAAGUACAGAGAGAUGCUCCUACACUACAGAGGAGUACAACCGCAAUCGGUUUAACAGAUUAGACACAACUGUUCAAUAGCCUUGACAGACUGUCAAAAUCUGUCUGUUGAAAUAUUACUCUACUAACUUUGCACCCCUCCUCAUCUGAAAGAUAGAGAAGAGAAAGACUAGUAGCUAAGAACCAUAAGGGGCUUGCUUGGAGAAAUAGUGACUAAACUAACUUAACUCUGUUUUUAGGCAAGAGUGACACCUCCUGGGAAAAUAAUCAAGCAAAGUAUCAGUUAGGUACUAUUUAUAAUAGAUUGUCUCAUUGAACAACCAAUGAUUUGUUUUCAGAACUCCCCUUGACCCCUAAGAAAAAAUCGGAAGGGGAUCCCUAAUGUACAUGUAUAUUUUGUGGCCACUGUUUCCAGGAACACCCUGCCAGUCAUCAAAAAGAUGGGCAUUGGUUACUGAUAGCAUUUCUUGUUUUGACCUUUACGGAAAGUAGCAUUCUAGCUUUAGGUGUCUGUGUAUGUGUGUUUCAUUUUUAAUGUACAGUGUACAGGCAGGGCAAAGAUAGGUUUGGAUGUCGGGCAAAACAACGUGUGCCUUAGAGAGUUUCGCCUGAGUUGAGCGUGUUCCGGACCUAACCAAUCAGUCUUAAAUGACAAUGUGUCCCCUCUCCCGUCUUUGCUUUGUAUCGCAUUUGUAGGAGUGGCACCUGACCAGUGUGUGUGUGUGUGUGUAUAUAUAUAUAUAUAUAUAUAUGUGUGUGUUACACCCGUGAAGCUUGCGACGUGACUCUCUAUCGCACACAUUCCUUUUGCCCUGCUUUACUUUCCACACCGAAAAAGUCCACAACUUAUGCAAAUAUUAUUGUUCGGUUAACAUUCAGAUGUUAUCUGCAAAAUAUGUUUUUUGUGAAUAAAAUGCACGUUCAAUGAAGUCAGAUUUUAAAAAACAUAGCAAAAUGUCAUGAGAACAUGCUCAAGUUAUAUGAAUAUUGCACUCAACAGGUUGUCACCAUGCAAUGAGCCGAGUGAAAAGCCAAUAAGAACAUAUCAGUUGAGCUUGAAAGGUACUUCAGAGAAAGCUGCUAAAUUGUGGUUCUUUAAAAGCAUGUCUGUUUGCAUAUCAUUCUAAUAAAGUGAUAAACGUG